AUGAAUGAACCUUGGAACCUUUUUAACGCAAGUCCUGGUUCACCCACACAGCGGGUUUCUAAACGACAAUAUCGGCUGGCACACCAAACGUUGUGUAUCACUCACAUUGACUUUGAACAACGUAUAGUUGUAGGAUUUACUCAAUUAGUGAUAUGGCCUAUCACAUCAACUUUGAGGCGUAUUCACUUAAAUUGUCGUCAGUGUCGUAUUCACCGCAUUUUACUAGAAGCAGCUGAUAAUGAACCUGCAGAGUUCGAAAAUGAUCGGAAAGGGCGGACUUCAGGUUGGGGCAUUUCAAAAACCAAAUUAACUCCAUCUCCAACUGAUCUCCCUAUCCUAUAUACUGACCCAACUUUGGAAAUUUGUGAACGCGAUAUUAAGUUGAGAACCUUAGACAGCUUUGAACGCCGUUACUCCUCCGUUGUAACGUCCACAGAUCCGGAUGAAGAUGCAGGUGAAGUAACAGUUCGUUUACCUUCAGAUUUCUGGCCACUAAUUUCUCAAAAGUCUCCCUUCAUAUUAACCAUAGAAUUUUCGCUCAAUAAACCAAAGUCCGGAUUUUAUUUCGUUGUUCCUGAGGGAGAGGGAUCACUAAACGAACGUGGAGUGCAUGCAUUCACAGCUUGUACACCAAACUCUUCUCGUUUAUGGUUUCCUUGUAUCGACUGCUCGGAACCAUGCACUUGGAAAAUUGAAGUUACGGUGUUCGAAGAUUUAGUUGCUGUUGCCCCUGGAGAGUUAAUAGAUGCUCCAUAUUACACUGAAGAUUUAACACAUAAGACCUAUCACUUUUAUGUCUCCCAACCGGUUGCAGCGCCUUAUAUUGGACUAGCUGUUGGAGCUUUCGAAAUUUUCCCCGAUCCACGGCUGUCCAAUGGAGCAACACACUUCUGUCCGAAUGGAUUAUUACCUCUUUUACAACACACAAUAUCCCCACUCUCCGAAAUGGUAGAAUAUUACGAGUCAAUCUUAGCAUCACAGUAUCCCUUCUCCAUGAUAAAAUGUGUAUUUGUAGAUUGUGCUUUCUCAGACUUUCAGUCGUUCUCUUCUUUGAUUAUUCUCUCUGUUGACCUACUGCACUCACCAAGAGUUAUUGACCAAGCAAUAGAAACACGCAAGGUAUUGUCAUUAGCUGUAGCCCAUCAGUUCUUUGGGUGUUUCCUUAUCAUGGAAACAUGGUUUGAUGCUUGGCUUACAUACGGUCUGGCAGGAUACUUAUCUGGUCUGUACCAAAAACGAGUCUUUGGAAACAAUGAGUAUCGUAAAACUGUUCUUGAUGAAAUGCGCUUCGUGACAGAGUUUGAAAAUAUGAGAUAUGGGAUUGUACUUGACCCAUCAAAAUUGACUUCGAAAUUUACCUAUUUUGACUUGAGCUCAUCCCAUCUGAUAUCACCAGACUAUUUGUCAGCCUAUAGGAAAAAAUCUCACUUAGUAAUUCGUAUGCUGGAAUUACGAUUGGGUCAACCCGUUUUACUCCAAGUUCUUAACAAGCUGCUUGUACUUGCCCGACUUUCGACUAAAUCAAUCCUCUCUGCUUCAGAUCAAAAUCAAAGUGUAUCGGCUGGAUUAGAUGGAUGUGGAAGAAAUGAAGGUGAUUCUGUUCUGUUAGAUUCAAACACUCAGUCUCAAAAAAAUCCUACGGUUCCUCCCUGUAUGGCAGAUGAACAUAGAACCAAUAUUUUACUAUCUACAAUUUCUUUCCGGAGGAUUAUUUCUAUGGUUACUGGUCAAGAUAUCCGAAAUUUCCUAAAUCAAUGGGCAUGUCAUGCUGGUCACGUCAGAAUAUUUGCUAAGUUUCAUUUCAACCGUAAACGAAAUGUAGUAGAACUAGAACUAAAACAGGAUCUACAAUCAAGAGGAACUUUGAAUUAUACUGGACCAAUUACAGUUAUGCUCCAAGAAUUGGAUGGAGCGUUUAUGCAUACUUUCAAAUUAGAAGAAGGCCGUAUGUCUCGUGAUUUACCAUGUCAUUCCAAAAGUCGGAAACAUCGUAAAAAGAAAAUUUCGUUAGCCAAUGGCGAUGAAGUUGAUAUGGAUUUAGCUCGCAUUGAUCCAGAAUCACCUUUACUAUGGCUUCGAAUUGAUCCAGACUUAGCUAUCAUACACGAUAUCCACGUUGAUCAACCAGAUUUUAUGUGGCAUCUUAUGUUAACUCAUGAUAGAGAUUGUCUCGGUCAACUGGAAGCAGUAAACGCUCUUAAAGAUUUCGCUUCUCCUGAAACACGCCAUACUUUAAGUAACAUUAUUUUAAAUGAAAGAAUAUUUUAUCAUGUUAGAAUGGAAGCAUGCUUUACAUUGUGUCAUGUUGUGAACGAAUUAAGCACUCUCAGUAACAACCCUACAGCAGCUUCUGCUGCUGUAACUUCUUGUUUACUACCAGUAUUUUGGCAGUUGUUUAGUUCACCGGCAGCUCGUGGUUUAAUUCGUCAGAACAACUUUACUAAUUUACAACAUUAUUUUCUACAGAGAGCUAUGGUCAAAGCUUUAUCAACUCUACGUGUGCAGCAAGUCUGUCCUCAUGACGUGCUGAUUUUCAUUAGUGAUUUAUUAAGGCAUAAUGAUAAUUCGCGUAAUCCUUACUCUGAUUGUUAUUACGUUUCUGACCUUGUAAAGGCGAUGAAGGAUACUCUAACACCUGCAAUUAUUGUUCGUGGAGUGAUGUCUGCCUCAACACUACCUUUUGAAGCACGUACUGUUAUUGAGGAAGUUUCCCAUUUGCUUAACUUGGAGACGGAAACAAUAAGUUAUAAGGGUACUGUAACUGUUGUCUGUUUAGCAGCUAUAAGGCGGCUACAACGACUUGGAUUCCUACCCAUAGAUCCUAGUUUAUUCUACCAGUAUGCUUUGUCAAACUUUUACUGUGAUAUCAGAGUAGCGGCAAUUGAAGCUGUCGUGGAUUACAUAAGAGGUGAACGAGAUCAGUCGGCAUUGGACUGGCUCUUUAGCAACAUCAUAGAACGAGAAGAUGUCAGUGAUGCUUCUUAUGUUCGCCUUCGCUUUGAGGCUGUACAGUUAUUACUUCGCAUGCCACCGUUUCAACGUGGUGAAUCUGGGAGUCGAUUAGACACUCCUCAACUUGUUGAAAGGCUUUGGACACUGAUGAAUUAUGGAUGUACCGGCGAUCCACGGCUUCGAUGUGCAGUCGCCGAACUCUACUACACACUUUACGGUAAUCGUCGUCCAACGUGUCUUCCUCUUCCAGAAGGUGUGCUUCUAGUGAGAGUUAAAGAAGGGAGAUCUGUACUUAAUAUAUCUGAAAACAAUCCUAAAGCUAGUGAAAUAGAAUAUACCGAUGAAUUCAACAAAUAUAAAUCUGAAUUCUUAGGUAGAGGAGUUCCUCUUUCUAAAAUGCAUCCAGAAUACGAAGAAUUAGAAGAUAAUUACUCGGAGUGUGACAUGUCACACACAAAUAAUUUGAAGUUGGAUAGAGAUUCAAUCCAACGCCCCACUGGGUCAGAGUUUAAUAUUCAAUUUGAUCUAAAGCGAAGUAGAGCUGGACAUUUCUCAGAAUUGAGUGAUUCAUCCAAUACUUUUAAAAGACGAACUGAACGUCUGAGUGAUGAUGACGAUGAAUAA